ACCGUCGGGGAGUCGCGCACUCCGAUCAAUACCUGUUGGAGGGUUGCUCAGUCUACAAGGUCAGGUGCCAGCUCCUUAGUCCUCUGCUGGUCAGCCCUGCUGACCCCCGAGUGAGGUCCCUGUCCUUGAUGACUCACGCUGACGACUUAACACAAAGAGUUGGUGGUAUUCCUGCUUGCAGAACACGAUGUUUUCCAAACUAGCACAUUUGCAGACUGUUGCUGUGCUUCGUCGUGGAGUUCAUUCUUCAGUGGCAUCUGCUACCUCUGUUGCAACUAAAAAAACGGUCCAAGGCCCUCCAUCCUCUGAUUACAUUUUUGAACGGGAGUCUAAAUAUGGUGCCCACAACUACCAUCCUUUACCUGUAGCCCUGGAGAGAGGACAAGGUAUUUACCUAUGGGAUGUAGAAGGCAGAAAAUAUUUUGACUUCCUGAGUGCUUACAGUGCUGUCAACCAGGGGCAUUGUCAUCCAAAGAUUGUGAAUGCUCUGAAAAGUCAGGCAGACAAAUUGACCUUAACAUCUAGGGCUUUCUAUAAUGAUGUACUUGGUGAAUACGAAGAGUUUGUUACUAAACUUUUCAACUACCAGAAAGUUCUUCCUAUGAAUACAGGAGUGGAGGCUGGAGAAACCGCUUGCAAACUUGCUCGUAAGUGGGGAUAUACUGUCAAGGGUAUUCCGAAAUACAAAGCAAAGAUUGUUUUUGUAGCUGGAAACUUUUGGGGUAGAACAUUGUCUGCCGUCUCCAGUUCCACAGACCCAACCAGCUACGAAGGUUUUGGACCAUUUAUGCCAGGUUUUGAAAUCAUUCCAUAUAAUGAUCUGCCUGCUCUUGAGCGUUCUCUUCAAGAUCCAAAUGUUGCCGCAUUCAUGGUAGAGCCAAUUCAGGGCGAAGCGGGGGUGGUGGUUCCGGAUCCUGGCUACCUAGUGGGCGUGCGAGAGCUUUGCACCCGGCACCAGGUUCUGUUUAUUGCUGAUGAAAUACAGACAGGAUUGGGGAGAACUGGUAGAUGGCUGGCUGUUGAUCAUGAAAAUGUCAGGCCUGAUAUAAUCCUUCUUGGAAAGGCACUUUCUGGUGGCUUAUACCCUGUAUCCGCAGUGUUGUGUGAUGAUGAAAUAAUGUUGACCAUUAAACCAGGGGAGCAUGGAUCAACGUAUGGUGGCAAUCCACUAGGCUGCCGAGUGGCCAUUGCGUCCCUUGAGGUCUUGGAAGAGGAAAAUCUUGCUGAAAAUGCAGACAAAAUGGGUACAAUCUUGAGAAAUGAGCUCAUGAAGCUGCCUUCUGAUAUUGUCACUGCUGUAAGAGGGAAAGGAUUACUAAAUGCUAUUGUUAUUAGAGAAACCAAAGAUUACGAUGCUUGGAAGGUGUGUCUGCGACUUCGAGAUAAUGGACUUCUAGCCAAGCCAACCCAUGGCGACAUCAUCAGGUUUGCGCCUCCGCUGGUGAUCAAGGAAGAUGAGAUUCAGGAGUCCGUGGAAAUCAUUAACAAGACCAUCUUGUCUUUCUGAGGGUGGUGACUGUUUUCAGCGGGCCUGGGAAGCAGCUGGAGAUAGGCAGUUCGUUGAUGUCUUGUGAAAAGCUUCUGCGUUUCUCCCUUAACGCAGGCACAUUCCACUCCCCUGUCUUCAAGGACUUCUGUUUUUAAUAUAUAUAUUCUCCAGUUCAUACAUAAUAGAAUGACAUUUAUAAACACGCAGUUUGCUGUGUAACAUAGCUAUAAGAGAAUGUAAUGGCAUCUAUAAUCGAUUAAGUGUUUUUGCGUGUGUGUGCUUUCUAAAGUGAAAUAUGCAUCUGUCUAUAUAGACAGCCUUUUAAUCAAGUCCUUCAGUAUAAUUUAUAUAUGUUUUUAUAAUUUCCUUGCUGGUAUAAAUGUUUUGUAUUU